GCUUCGGUUGCUCUACUAGUUUUCACCACUCCUAGCAGCACAAAUGGCGGGACUGUGAAUGCGGUGUAUGUGAAGUUUUAUGUUGUAACUCAAAGUAUGGCGGCAGCAGAGCUUCCCACUUGUUGCCGAGAGGUCGAACGCAAGUUCAAGGUGCCUCCGGACAUCCAGCGACGUCUACUCGCGCUGGGAGCCCGCUUAGUAUCGCGAAAGACUUUCGUCGACACAUACUACGACACAGAAGAUUACACCCUUUGCCUGCGCGACCACUGGCUCAGACUUCGCGGAGAUGAUAACAGGAACACGUGGGAGUUGAAGCAUCGCAAGCAGGGAGACGUGUCUUGUGGUCCAGCCACCGCAUAUAGAGAAGAGCGUGGUGACAGCCAGAUAAUGGCGACUCUCGGAGAAGUGCUUCACACCGAGGGCGUAUCGCGGGUCGACGACCUGGUCGCCGACGGCACGCUGCGGGAGUUGGCGGUGAUAAAGACCGACCGCAAAACCUACAGGACGCCGGGAAAGGUCGUCGUCGACAUUGACGAGACCGACUGGGGCUUCUCGGUCGGCGAAAUCGAGGUCGUGCUCGCCGAGUCGGACGAUGGAUCGGACUUCGCCGGAGCCGUUGAUAGGGCGACCGCGGACAUCGCGGCGCUUUCUGCUCAGCUUGGCGUUGACCAGGAAGGUCCACCACAAGAAGGCAAAGUGGAAAGCUAUUUAAGACUUCGACGGCCCGAGCUGUACAACCGUCUGGUCGAGCGCAUAUGGUACGGCCGAAAAAGCUAGCUGGGGCAACGCGGCUGAAGAUAUCCGACUUUAGGUGUGGAAAAAUGUAGGGCUGUAUAGGUAAACACUGCA